GUGACUUUUAGAGGAAAGCCUAUGAGAGAACUACAAAUCCCAACAUUCGGAGAGAGGAAGCCAGGAGAUGUUAACAGUGGGGGAAAAACACACACUGUCCCUUUAAGGAAACUCCCUGCAGAAGACAUUGGUGAACUACAACUCCCAUGAUGCCUCAUUCCUGGGAAUUGCAGCAGGAAGUGCUCAGUUUGUGGUCUCCAGCCCAAUAGGAUCGCAGGACUUCGGUGCCAUCAAAUUGAUUGUCCAGUCAUCAAAUGGGAGGCCUUGACCUGGCCGAAGAGUCGGACGAUGCGGACCCUUCCACGCCGGCCGUGGGCACUUGUCCCGGGAUGUGCCCGGCCUCAGAGUUUGACCGCCGCCGGCGCCAACGCUGCCUCCACCACCUGGAGCUGGGCCCCCCUCCCUCGUGCCAACCGGACGCAUCAUUAGCGGUCAAGGAAUACUCCCGCCCAGCGGCCGGAAAGCCCCCUCCGUGUCCGCAGGAGCUGCGCCCGCCCUCCGUUCUACUGGACACCGUCCGGCACCUCUUGUCCUUAGACAGCGAUGCCAAGGGAGACGAAGCCGAGCGCUGUGCCUUUGUGACUGACCGCCUCCGCGCCAUCCGGCUGGACCUGACCCUCCAGCGCUUGACUGGCCGGCCUUGCGCCAUCCCCAUCCUGGAGCGGGCCCUGGUCUUCCUCCUCCACGCCGGGUGUCGGCUUCAUGGCCAGCCGGACGCCCGCUUCGAUGCCCACCUUCACCGGGAACAGGUCCAGGAGAGCUUUGCUGCCUUGCGGCGCGCCUACCGCGAGGGUCAAGCCAAAGGUCAAGGGGUCGUUGCCGUUGCCACCGAGCCCCGCUUCCAAGCCCUCUUCCUCCUGUACAAUUUGGGUUCUCCGGCCGCCCUCCGGCAAGUCCUCCUCCUCCCCAAAGGCACCCGUACCUCCCCGGAGGUCAUCCUGGCUUUGGCCAUCCACUGGGCCUUCCUGGAGCGCAACUUUGCCCGCUUUUUCCGCCUGGCCCGUGCGCUGCCUUACUUGCCCAGCUGUGCCUUGUGGCCUCACUUGGUGGACACCCGCCCAAAGGCUUUGGCCGUCCUCAGCCACGGCUUCAGCUCCCGGAAUUGCCGGUACCCCUUGGCGCGGCUGGCGCGGAUGCUGGCCUUGGGCGGCGUUGAGGAGGCCGCCCAGUUGUGCCGGGCGCACGGCUUGACCGUAGUGGACGACAGCAUUGUCUUCCAAAAGGGGGCCUGGAAAGACUCGGCGUCGCCGGCACAUCCGUGGCCUUCUUGCCCAUUCAUGGAGGGCAAAAGGGGGCAAGAGACUCUGCUGGACCUGGCAGAACGCCUCUGCAGCUAACUCGGAACUCUUUAAUACUACUACUACUACUACUAUGAACUCUUUAAUACUACUACUACUACGAACUCUUUAAUACUACUACUACUACUACGAACUCUUUAAUACUACUACUACUACUACGAACUCUUUAAUACUACUACUACUACUACGAACUCUUUAAUACUACUACUACUACUACAAACUCUUUAAUAAUACUACUACUACGAACUCUUUAAUACUACUACUACUACGAACUCUUUAAUACUACUACUACUACGAACUCUUUAAUACUACUACUACGAACUCUUUAAUACUACUACUACUACUGUGAACUCUUUAAUACUACUACUAUUACUACAAACUCUUUA